GCAGGUGCGCGGCGCGGCGGGCGGGGGCGCUCGAGGCCCGCGGCCGGGGCAGCGCGCGCCCGGGACGGGCCGGCCGGACGCGAUGGCGCUCCCGGGGGCCGCGGUGCUGGUCCUGCUGGCCGCGCUGGCCGCGCUGGCGGCGGAGCCGGGGCCGGACGGAGCCGCGGAGGGCGAGGGUCUUCUGGAAUUUUCUGUGGGGAGAUUCAUGUACUUCGAGCUCAGCAAGCCUUUCCCGAAAGAAGGCAUUUUGCGGAAUAUUUCCAGCGACGUGGCUUUCCUUAUUUUCCAAAUCCACUCGCAGCAUCAGAACACCACCGUGUCUUUCUCCAAGCAGCCCCUGCCCAGCAGCUCGAGCACAGGCAACGCCCAGGGCCUGGUCUUCCCCCUGUUCCCCAAGCAGCGUCUCUGCACGUGGCACCUGUUCACCGCGGCCGCAGCGCCUGUCCAGAGCAUGGCCGUCCCGCUGGCCUACUCCGAGAGAGACCCUGUCCCCGGGGGCUGUAACUUGGAGUCUGACUUAGAGAUCGACCCCAACAUUUACCUGGAGUAUAGCUUCUUCGAAACCACCAUCAAAUUCGCCCCGGCGAACCUCGGCUCCGCGAGGGGUGUCGCCCCCCCGCCCUGCGACGUGGGCACGGGCCAGAACUCCCGGUGGCGGCUGCAGUACCGCGUGUACCAGUACUUCCUGCCCGAGCACGACCUGACGCCCGCAGCCCUCCUGCGCCACCUGCAGGCCAUGGCCCAGGCGCCCCAGGUCAUGGCCAGCGCGGUCCAGGUGGCCACCCUCACUGCCGACGACAAGACCCGCGUGUCCUUCUCCUCCCUGCGGGGACAAGGCGUCAUCUACAACGUCGUCGUCUGGGACCCGCUGCUGAACACGUCAGCUGCCUACGUCCCUGCCCACACAUAUGCCUGCAGCUUCGACACGCCAGGGGACAACUGCACAUCCCUGGGGCGAGCGUCUACCAAAGUCUUCUUCACCCUCUUUGCCCUGCUCGGCUCCUUCGUCUGCUUCUUCGGACACAGGUUCUGGAAGACGGAGCUCUUCAUGGUGGGCUUCAUCAUCGCCGGCUGCUGCUGCUACGUGCUGGUCACCAGGCUGACCUCGGUGGACUAUGACGCUCGACUGAUCCUGACCGCUGUGGCCGGCGGUGUCGGCGGGACGGUGCUGGUGGCCGCGUGGUGGCGGCUGGGCGUCCUCCCGCUCUGCCUGCUGUGCGUGGGGCUGCUCCUCGGUUGCCUGGCUGCCGCCGUGGCCUUCUUCACGCCCCUGGGAAACCUGAGGAUCUUCCGCGAGGACAGCGUGUUCUGGGUGACCUUCUGCUGCAUCGCCGUGCUCAUCCCCGCGUUCUUCGUGGGCUGCCCGCGGAUACUGAACAUCGUCACGUGUGCAGUCGUGGGCGCCCACUCGGUCGUCUUGGCCGUGGACAGUUACUUGUACACCAGCCUCUCGUCCAUCACCUUGAACGUGCUCAAGAGGGCCCUGCACGCGGAUUUCCGGCAGGCUUUCACCACGGCGCCCUUGCAGACGAACGACCUCAUCCUGCUGGCCGUGUGGGGCAUGCUGGCCGUGAGCGGGCUGACGCUGCAGACACGCAGGGAGCGCGGGCGGCCGCCCUUCCCGCCGCACCCCUACCAGCUCUGGAAGCGAGAGCGCGAGCGCAGAGUCACCAACAUCCUGGACCCCAGCCACCACCUGCCCCCGCUGCGGGAGCGGCUCCGCGGCUGGCUGGCCGCCUUCCCAGGCCACUUCCGGCAGGCCCGGCCGGCGGGGGAGAGGACGCCCCUGCUCUUGUAGGGGCCGGGGUGCCAGUCGCCCCCGUGGGCCUGAGACUCCCCCCCCCGGUCCUGGGAGCACGAGGCAGAAGCACCGAGUCUCUGACCAGACGCCGGCCUUGCUUCUGUCAGACAGGGCCUGUACGCCAUGUCCCAGGGGGCCACCACCCCGUGUGCCAUCAGGCAGGAGGAGCGUGGCCUUCUCCCUGGCCAGCCCAGCGCCUCCCGGGACUUUGCCAACUGCCCCGAUCCGAUCGGGAUCUGUGCCUCUGCCCAGAGGCAGCCCCACCCGCACAGCGCCCCACGCCCAAUUCUCAAUUUGGCGCUGGAAGACAGUUUUCCAGCCGUUCUGCUUUGAACUGUGCAGCGCCCUGAGGACUUGACCACGUGUCCACGGUCUCCUGCUGCCUGGUGCUGCAAGCCAUCUGAAGGUCUUCAGUUAUUGAGAAUGGUUCCCUGGGGGAUCUAUUUAUAUUCCAAAAAUAGGACCUUUGGGGGGUUUUGUUUGACCAUUUCUUUUCUUUUUAAAUCUUAUCAACACCUGAUGUUUCUUUUUUUUUUUCAUCUUUUUGGGUCACACCCAGCGAUGCACAGGGGUUACUCCUGGCUCUGCACUCAGGAGUUACUCCUAGAGGUGCUCGGGGACCAUAUGGGAUGCUGGGAGUUGAACCCGGGUCAGCCAUGUGCAAGGCAAACGUCCUGCCCGCUGUGCUAUCGCCCCACAACAGCUGAUCUUUCAGUUAAACUGCAGGAAGUGUUGUUUUGUUUUUAGUCUCCCUUUAAUCAAUUGUCCCACUAACUAGGAAUCCUUUUAAAAGUGUCCCUAUCCCGGUGGCUGCCAUCGUCCAGAGGCCAUCGGACAGUCAGGUUUGGGCCCGCAGUGAUGAGACAUGCAGGGCCUCACGAGAUGGGGGUGGAGCCAGCCCUUUCCUCCCCGACCCAAUGAGACCCUGACUGGCUGCCCACGAACGGCCUCUCUGGCUCCUGAUCAAGCCACUUAGUGACCAUGAUCCCAGAGACUCAAGCAAAUCUUGAACCCAGCGGCUUUUGGCAAAUAUGCGUCUGGAUCCCGCAGUAGGUUACUGUCAUCGGACCACCCCAGGGGGGAAAGGGUGUUGUCCCUCUGCAUGCUCCCCCUAGGUGGCUUGGUGGCCGCCAUCCUCUGGAGGCCACUGGACAGUCAGGUUUGGGCCCUCAGUGACGAGACUCACGGGGCCUCACGGGAUGUGGGUGGAGCCGGUCCUUUCCUCCCUGUCCCAACGAGACUCGAUUCGCUACCCAUGAACAGCCUCUCUGGCUCCUGAUCAAGCUGCUUAACGGCCAUGAUCGCAGAGACUCAGGAGCAAAUCUCAGAACCCAGCAGGUUUUGGCAGAAAUCCCUCCAGAUUUAAUUGUUAAAAUUUCGGAAUUUUAAAGUCACGUGGCUACUACUGCAGCCGCGCGACAUCAUAUGUGAUUCAUAACCAGCAAUAGAAAACAAAUUGUCUACUGUUGCCUUUUUGGCAGAUCUAAGUGUUGGGGUAAAAUCCCAAAUAAUAAUGGUGGGUCUGGUGUCGAAAUAUUGAGUGUGAUCAAAGUAGAGAGAGAGUCAUGUGGAAGUCAUCUCCCCCACAGGUAGAGGGAGGGUGUGUGAUGGGGGUAUACUGGGGUUUUGGGAGUGGAGAGUGGGCACUGGUGAAGGUACGGGUGUUUCAUGGUAUGACCGAGACUUAAACCCGAAAGCUUUGAUACUGCUCUAAUGGUGGUUCAUAAAUAAAAUUAUUAAAAAAAAAGGAAAAAAAAAAGUCCCCAUCCUUUCUGCUCCAGUGCUGCCAGCUCGGAUGUAAGCAACGUUUUCCCCGUAUCUGAGUGGCCCUGUAGCAGAUGUGUCUUCAAAGGUUCCAGUUAACUGGACGCGUUCCUGCUUUGUUUUAUAAUUGUGUUUUGGGGGCCAGAGAGGUGGUUCAGUGGUCAGGGACACAUGCAUUGCGUGUGCUCAGACAUGAAUUUGAUCCCUAGUACAUGACUCCCCCUCCCCAGUGCUUCCAGGGCGGCCGCGGAGGCUCCCUGCCCCCACCCCGCUGGGUCUGUGCAGCACCUCAUGGAGCCCAGAUAUCAAACUGCCAGGGACUGACCCAUGGGAUCCCUGAGCACUGCCUGGGAGUCCCCACCCCCCCCCCCCCCAAAGAAAAUCAAGCAAAGCAAAAUGAAAAGUGUUUGGAAAAGGCUGAAAAAAAAAAACAAUUAAGAAACCAAUAAUUUUGGCUUGGAAAACUAUAUACACGUCUUUGUUUACUAUUCUGUAAUUCUUACUGUCUAUAGAUCUUUGAUAACAGCUUUCAAGGAAAAUGGUUUUUAAAAAGUUGACUGGAUGUUUUGCCUCUGCCGUAUCUUUGUAUGUUUUAACAGUGAAGCAGAACAUCCGGGAUCUUGUACACCAUCAAAAAUGCCCUCCUAGUGGGAAUUGGAAAACCAGAACUUAUGUUUUCUGGAGUAUGUAAAUUGUUUAAAAUUUUCCACGAUAAUCUGUGAGUAAUCAAAAGGCACUUGUGUACAUUUUCUAUAAUAAAUAUAUAUUUUGAACACUA